CCGGGGAGUCCACAAUGCCAGAUGCAGCUGCCCACCUACCCUUCUUCUAUGGGAGCAUCUCCAGGGCUGAGGCAGAGGAGCACCUCAAACUGGCAGGCAUGGCAGAUGGGCUCUUCCUGCUGCGCCAGUGCCUGCGCAGCCUGGGCGGCUACGUGCUCUCGCUGGUGUAUAACGUGACCUUCCACCAUUACCCCAUUGAACGUCAGCUGAAUGGUACCUACGCCAUCGCAGGAGGCAAGCCCCACUGCGGCCCGGCUGAGCUCUGUGAAUUCUACUCCAAGGAUGCUGAUGGCCUCCCCUGUCCUCUGCGCAAGCCUUGCAACAGACCCAGUGGCAUGGAGCCCCAGCCAGGGGUCUUCGACAGUCUUCGGGAUAGUAUGGUUCGAGACUACGUGCGCCAGACCUGGAAACUAGAGGGGGAAGCCUUGGAGCAGGCCAUCAUCAGCCAGGCCCCCCAGGUGGAGAAGCUUAUUGCCACGACAGCCCACGAGCGGAUGCCUUGGUACCACAACUCCAUCUCCAGAGAGGAAGCUGAGCGCAAGCUCUACUCAGGCGCUCAGCAUGAUGGCAAGUUCUUGCUUAGACCCAGGAAGGAAAAUGGGAGCUAUGCUUUGUCCCUCAUCUAUGGCAAGACCGUCUACCACUACCUCAUCAACCAGGACAAGUCUGGCAAGUACUGUAUUCCUGAGGGCACCAAGUUUGACACCCUGUGGCAGCUGGUAGAAUACCUGAAGCUGAAGUCAGAUGGGCUUAUCUACUGUCUAAAGGAGAUUUGUCCUAAUGCCAGCGCUUCUACUGCUUCUGUGACUGCAGCUCCCACACUCCCUGUUCAUCCCUCCAUGCCUAGAAGAAAUGACACCUUCAACUCUGAUGGAUACACCCCUGAGCCAGGGCGUCUGGUCAACAAUCAAGGCGAAAAGUCUCGAGUCCUUCCCAUGGACACCAGCGUGUAUGAGAGCCCCUAUAGUGACCCCGAGGAGCUCAAGGAUAAGAAACUCUUCCUGAAGAGAGAGAAUCUGAUGAUAGAUGAGGUGGAGCUGGGCUCAGGCAACUUUGGCUGUGUCCGAAAGGGAGUCUACAAGAUGAGAAAAAAGCAGAUUGAUGUGGCCAUUAAGGUGCUUAAGAGCACCAAUGAGAAGGCAGAGAAAGAAGAGAUGAUGAAGGAGGCCCACAUCAUGCACCAGCUGGACAACCCUUACAUUGUACGGAUCAUUGGUGUGUGCAAGGCUGAGGCUCUUAUGCUGGUCAUGGAAAUGGCCAUUGGAGGACCCCUGAACAAGUUCCUGUCCUCCAAGAGGGGGGAGGUCCCUGUGAGCAAUGUAGUUGAGCUGCUGCACCAGGUGGCCAUGGGCAUGAAGUACCUAGAAGAAAAGAAUUUUGUGCAUCGUGACCUGGCUGCCCGAAAUGUCCUGCUGGUCAACCAGCACUAUGCCAAGAUCAGUGACUUUGGUUUAUCCAAGGCACUGGGAGCUGAUGACAGCUACUACACAGCCCGUUCUGCAGGGAAAUGGCCGCUUAAAUGGUAUGCCCCAGAGUGCAUCAACUUCCGAAAAUUCUCCAGCCGAAGUGAUGUGUGGAGCUAUGGAGUCACCAUGUGGGAAGCCUUUACCUAUGGUCAGAAGCCCUAUAAGAAAAUGAAAGGUCCCGAGGUCAUUAAAUUCAUCGAGGAGGGUAACCGGAUGGACUGCCCUCCCGAGUGCCCAUCAGACAUGUACACCCUCAUGAAGGACUGCUGGAUCUACAAGUGGGAGGAUCGUCCAGGCUUCUCAGAUGUGGAGCAGCGCAUUAGAACCUACUAUUAUAGCCUGGCCAGUAAGGCCGAAGAUGUCUCAGAAGCCCCUCAAGAGCAGGAGGUGGCCAGUGCCUGAGGAUUCCUUCUCUAGAUCUUACCAGUCCUUCUCAGAUCCUGUCUUUGUCCCUUGCUUCUUCUCAGAGAAAUUUGGUCCCCUGCUUCUCCCUUACCAGCAAGACCAUUGUCUUCUCCCCAGAUGCCUGAAACUCUUUCCCAUUCUCACCUCCUCCCCACCACCUGAGGACUGAGAAUGCCAGACCCUGGGGUAAAUGUUGUGCAGGGAAACUAGGCAUCUUUCCCUAUCCCUUCCCUGGGUACACAGGGCUUGCAGGAUCUUAGAAGGAAGAACUGGUUCUAUAGCUCUGCUUCUUCCUUGAAGGACUUGGGCCUUAGCUCUGGGCUCCUCCCUAUUGGAAGCAUGGGGUUUGGCAGGGGUGCAAUGGUUUGUGAGGGGCCAGCCAAACCCGGGCUGAAGGUCCAAGGGGAGUCAGGCAGAAGCUUCAUGUCAGUGCAAUAAAAUCAGCUGUUUCUCUGUUC